UACUCCAGGUGGGUGAGACAAAAACCAAAGAAAAACGCGGUUUUUGUUUCUCUACUCUCUGACUCUGUCUCUGUCCUCUUUCAAACUCUGUAAAAGCCUUCCUUAAUUUUACGAAUUCAUCGAAUCAUUCUCACAUUGCAAAAGAAAAAAAUAAAACGGAAAAAUGGGAUGUUUGGCGAGCAAAAACGCCGACACCAAGGCCAAUAGAACCGCGCGUUGGCGAUCUACAGGCAUUGUUGCUUUGCGCGAUUCCAAAUUGAAGACAUUUCCAGAUGAAAUUCUCGAUUUAGAUAGAUCUGUUCGCACGCUUGACUUAACACAUAAUCGAAUAGUUGACAUUCCUGUUGAAAUCAGCAAAUUAACUAAUGUACAGCGCCUGGUACUAGCGGAGAACCUCAUUGAGAGACUGCCAGUAAAUUUGGGGAAACUUCAAUCUCUAAAACUCAUGAACCUUGAUGGAAAUCGAAUAACAUCCUUGCCUGAUGAAUUGGGCCAGUUAGUAAGGCUUGAAUGCUUGUCCAUCUCAGGGAAUUUGUUAACAUCCUUGCCAGCAACUAUUGGCAGUUUGAGAAAUCUGUUGCUUUUAAAUGUGUCAAAUAACAAGUUACAGUCACUUCCAGAGUCUGUUGGGAGUUGCUUCUCUCUGGAAGAAUUACAAGCUAAUGAUAAUGUUAUUGAAGAUCUUCCCUCUUCUGUGUGCAAUCUCUCUCACUUAAAGUCACUUUGCUUGGAUAACAAUAAUUUGAAGCAGAUACCUUUAAAUUUAUUGAAAGACUGCAAAGCUCUUCAGAACAUAUCACUGCAUGGUAAUCCUAUAUCAAUGGAUCAAUUUCAACUGAUGGAUGGGUUUCAAGAGUUUGAAGCUAGGAGGAAAAAGAAGUUUGACAAACAAAUUGAUUCAAAUGUGAUGAUCAGUUCCAAAGGUCUGGAUGAGGGUGUUGAUCUAUGAAAUGGUCUCAGUAUUGUUGAGACAGCUUGCAAUGGGGGUUUUUUAGUUGUAAAUUUGGAUGAGCUUUUGGAUGUGGCAUGGAAUACAGGGUAUUUUAUGCAUGCCUUUUAUUUCACAUCUGAAAUAAGUGUAUGGAGAUCCCUGUGUCACAUUGUAUAUGACUUGUUUCUUUUUUUCCAUACCCAAAUGUGCUGGCUUGUAGAUGGAGGCAUUAUUCAGCACUCGACUGAAAAUUUUCAUAAAUGGGAUUAUAAGCCAUUUUGUUGAUAAUGAAAGUGGGUGUCUCAGCAGCUGUAAAUUAAGACCUUCAUUAGAUGUAAUUUGAAAGGCUCUGCAUUCUUUGCACCUUAAGUAUGUGAAUUGAAAUAGAAUGUCAGAAUCCUUUGUAUUGCUUUGUGUCAUUCUCCUACUCUGGUACCUUUGUCGCCUGUAAUUAUGCAGGCUUCAACCAAAGAAAAUGUCCCUCCUUUGGAUCAUUUUGUUUAAGACAAUGACUGUAAUACAGUGCUUUGCUUCAUCUACAAGCUUGUUAUGUUGAG